GAUGCUAUAAAUAGAGUACGGUACCUUAUUUCGCCUUCAGCCCUCCUCCAACGACUUCUCAUAAUUUAUUCGAGCAAAUUGAAGAAUUUCGACUGACCAUUCCUAAUCGAAGCAAGCACCAUGAAGCAAAAGGUCGUGAUUAACGUGUCUAUGAAAGACCACGCCACAAGAUUUUUUUGUUUCAGCCCCCGAAACCCUCACUCCAAAGCUUUGAAACUUGCCGGUGGCUUUCAAGGAGUUCAAUCCGUGGCACUUGUGGGUGACCAAGACCGGAUUGAGGUUACCGGAGAUGUGGAUGCAGUCAACCUCACCACUUUGCUUAGGAAGAAAGUCGGGUUCGCGAAAAUAGUGACCGUGAGCAAGCUUGACGAGAAAGACAAGAAAGAGAGCAAGGACAAGGAGGCGCCGCCCAUAGUAUGGCCGUACAUCGGCGGAGUUCCGCACCGCGAAAUUGCUUAUGUUGCGGAUCCAUACCCAAGUUACUAUGAAAACCCAUGCUCGAUCAUGUAGGAUCGAUAAGAGUUUGCUAGAUAUUUCAACAAUUUUAAAAUAUUGAAAAACUAUUAAUUUAUAACUGUUUUUUAUCUUCAUCAAUUUGUAAUAGUUUGUCUAUGUAACAGCUUUCCAACAGCCAAGUUGAUGUUUGAUUAACUUCUUCAUAAAUGUUUCAUCUUUUCGUGAGAGCAAGAUAAUAGUCAUCUAUUAAUCGUCAAUAAAUUUAUAAAAGUCUUUUUAACGACUCUUCCUCUCAUUUGAAUAUAAAAAUUUGAAAUCACAAUCCUUGAAAACAAUGAAUUAGAAAAGAGAAUUUCCUUUCCUUCUAUUUUUCUUUUCUUUAUUAGGUUAUACACAUACCAUUGUUCCUUUUCCUUCUAUUAUUCUGUGUGGAAUAAAAAAUAAGAUAUGUUGUAUCUUGAGAGUAUAGAUGCUAGAGCCUUACGCGCCUAGUUCCGUACUAUGAGAGGCGAAAUUGUUAUUAAGGACAAUGCUUACAAGACUCAAAAUGAUUGAUAUUAUUUUUCUUGUCUUUUCCAACAGAUUUCUGAUAAUUCUUAUUUUUCAUAUUAUCUAAUAUUUUUUCCAACAAUAUUAAGUAUAUCCCCAAACUGGAAUUUCGGUCAUUACCACCCACGUUGGAAUUGAACGAGGACUUGAAGAUAGUAAAGGACAACAGCUAUAGAUAUUCACAGUAGUCUGUCAUGGGAUGUUAUUGACCAUACAAAAGAGCCUCUAGUCGUUUUAAUACGUUUAUUGAAUAUCCGGUAAAAUCAUUUUUUAGAA